AUGUCCAAUCCAGAACAAAUUAAACAUGUGAUUGAAAUUCGUUCAACAAAACCAUUUACAGAUCAAAAACCUGGUACAAGUGGAUUAAGAAAACCAACAAAAACAUUUAAAGAAAAUCAAUAUUUUGAAAAUUUUAUUCAAGCUUAUUUUGAUGAUUUAGCUGAAAGAUGUAAUGAUCAACCACCAACAUUAGUUGUUGGUGGUGAUGGAAGACAUUUUGUACGAGAAGGUACUAGAAUUAUUAUUCAAAUGGCUGCUGCCAAUAAUGUUAAAAAAUUAUUAAUUGCACGAGAUGGAAUUAUGUCAACACCAGCUGUUUCAUGUGUUAUUCGAAAGUAUGGUACCGAUGGUGGAAUUAUUCUUACUGCAAGUCAUAAUCCAGGUGGUAUCGAUCAUGAUUUUGGCGUUAAAUUUAAUAUUGCAAAUGGAGGUCCUGCACCGGAAGCAGUAACGAAUAGUGUUUAUGAUAAAUCUCGUGCAUUAACAAAUAUUCGUCUUUGUCCAACAUUAAUAAAUAUUGAUUUAUUAACACUUGGUAAACAUACAUAUAAUAUUGAAGGUCGUUCAACACCAUUUGAAAUUGAAAUAAUUGAUUCUGUUGAUGAUUAUGUUCAAUUAAUGAAAGAAAUAUUUGAUUUUAAUAAAAUUCGAAAUUUACUCAUUGGUGAACAUGAAAAAUUUCCAAUAAUGAUAAAUGCUUUAUCAGGUGUUAUGGGUCCAUAUGUUUUACGAAUAUUUCAUGAAGAAUUAAAUGCAAAAGAAGUUGUUACUGUUAAAAAUUGCCAAAAUUUAGAAGAUUUUGGUGGACAUCAUCCUGAUCCAAAUUUAACUUAUGCUCAUGAAUUAGUUGAAGAUAUGGAACAUGGAAAUUAUGAAUUUGGAGCUGCAUUUGAUGGAGAUGGAGAUCGUAAUAUGAUUUUAGGCAAACAUGGAUUUUUUGUUACACCUUGUGAUUCAUUAGCUGUUUUAGCUGCUAAUCUUCAUGUUAUUCCAUAUUUUCAAAAACAUGGUGUUCAUGGUUAUGCAAGAAGUAUGCCGACGUCUGGUGCAGUUGAUCGAGAAAAAGAUGGUAUGUGGUCAGUACUUGCAUGGUUAUCAGUAUUAGCUAAUAUUGAUCGAUCUGUUGAAAAAAUUUUACAUGCUCAUUGGAAUACAUAUGGACGAAACUUUUUUACACGUUAUGAUUAUGAAGAAAUCAAUGGUCCUGGUCCAUUUUCAAUGAUGAAACGACUUGAACAGAUGUGUAUGUCAAAUGAAUUAGUUAAUAAAACAUUUAAUACACCAUAUGGAAAUAAACAAUAUACAGUUAAAAUAAUGGAUGAUUUUCAUUAUCAAGAUCCAGUUGAUGGAAGUUAUACUGAAAAACAAGGCAUUAGAAUUAUAUUUACUGAUGGUUCAAGAUUAGUUUUUCGUCUAAGUGGAACAGGUUCACGUGGUGCUACUGUUCGUCUUUAUGUUGAUUCAUAUGAAAAUGAUCCUGCGACUUAUACUAAAGAUGCACAGGAAAUGCUUAAACCAUUAGUCUCGUUAGCACUUGAAAUCGCUCAAUUGACAGAAUUUACUGGACGUGACAAACCAACUGUAAUUACUUAA